AUGUUAAAAGUCUUUGUUAUGGGUAAGAAGUUCCUUAUAAUGGGUUGGAUCCAGCCAGCUUUUCAGCUGCAGAUCCUAGAGGGUCGCCGUAUCCAGCAAUUGCAAAUGUACCGGGCUCAGAUGGCUACAGUUGACAUAGCGCGAUUGGAUAGACGUCAGCCUGUUGCUAGGACACAGUCUUCGCCAGCAACUCCAACAUUGCCUCACCCAGCUGUGGAUCAGCCCAUACAACAUAGCCUCAUGACUGGUGUUGUGUAUGACACACUAAUGUUGAAACACCAGUGCUUGUGUGGCAGUUACAACAACCACCCUGAGCAUGCCGGAAGAAUUCAGAGCAUCUGGUCAAGGCUGCAAGAAAGUGGGUUGCUAAACAAGUGUGAGCGGAUCCGAGGUCGAAAAGCCAGUCUGGAGGAAAUACAGCUGGUUCACUCUGAACAUCAUUCACUGCUGUAUGGCACCAGCCCCCUGAACAGACAGAAGCUGGACCCCAGGAAAAUCCUCGGAAGUGUGCCUCAAAAGCUCUUUUCACUGCUGCCCUGUGGAGGACUUGGGGUGGACAGUGACACCAUUUGGAAUGAGCUGCAUUCGUCCGGUGCUGCACGCAUGGCUGUUGGCUGUGUCAUCGAAUUGGCUUCCAAAGUGGCCUCAGGAGAACUGAAGAACGGUUUUGCUGUUGUAAGGCCCCCAGGCCAUCAUGCUGAAGAAUCAACAGCCAUGGGGUUCUGCUUUUUUAAUUCGGUUGCAAUUACUGCCAAAUACUUGAGAGACAAGCUAAAUAUAGGCAAGAUAUUGAUUGUAGAUCUGGAUGUUCACCAUGGCAACGGUACACAGCAGGCUUUUUAUGCUGACCCCAGCAUCCUGUAUGUCUCCCUCCAUCGCUAUGAUGAAGGCAACUUCUUCCCUGGCAGCGGAGCCCCAAAUGAGGUUGGAAGUGGCCCUGGUGAAGGUUAUAAUAUAAAUAUUGCUUGGACAGGUGGCUUGGAUCCCCCAGUGGGAGACGUUGAGUACCUCGCAGCAUACAGGGCCGUGAUUAUGCCUAUUGCUUCUGAGUUCGAGCCAGACUUUGUCUUAGUAUCAGCCGGCUUUGAUGCUGUGGAAGGCCACGACCCUCCUCUAGGGGGAUACAAAGUGACAGCAAAAUGUUUCGGUCACCUUAUCAAACAGUUGUUGACGCUAGCGAAUGGUCGCAUGGUGCUGGCCCUGGAGGGAGGCCAUGACCUUACCGCCAUCUGUGAUGCAUCAGAAGCCUGUCUAAAUGCUCUGCUAGGAAAUGAGCCCCUCCCCGAAGAGGUUCUUCACCGGUCUCCUAAUGUGAAUGCAAUGUUUUCUUUGCAGAAGACCACCGAAAUCCACAGUAAGUACUGGAAGUCUGUGGAGCCUUAUGUUGUGCCAGUUAGCUGUAAGCUGGCUGAGACUCAGAAACAGGAGAGAGAGGAGACAGAGGCAGUAUCGGCUAUGGCCUUACUCUCCGUAGAUGUUGAACAGUCUUUUCCAGAAGAACAUAGCAGGAAAAACGUACACUGGCUCAAGAUUGUCAAGCUACUAUAG